AUGCUGAUGUGUGACCGCGGCGUCCAGAUGCUCGUGACGACGGUGGGCGCGUUCGCCGCCUUCAGCCUCAUGACCAUCGCCGUCGGGACCGACUACUGGCUGUACUCGCGCGGGGUCUGCCGCGUGAAGAGCAGCGGCGACAACGACACGAGCCGCAAGAACGAGGAGGUGAUGACGCACUCCGGCCUCUGGCGAACCUGCUGUCUGGAAGGAACCUUCAGAGGCGUGUGUAAGAAGAUUGACCAUUUCCCAGAGGAUGCAGACUAUGAAGCAGAUGCUGCUGAAUAUCUCCUCCGUGCUGUCCGUGCCUCCAGUAUCUUCCCCAUCAUGAGUGUCGGGCUCCUGUUCCUGGGGGGGCUCUGUGUGGCCGCCAGUGAGUUUUACCGGAGCAGACACAACGUCAUCCUGAGCGCAGGAAUCUUCUUCGUAUCUGCAGGCCUCAGUAACAUCAUUGGAAUUAUUGUAUAUAUCUCUGCCAAUUCUGGCGAUCCGGGUCAAAGUGACAGCAAGAAGUCCUACUCGUACGGCUGGUCGUUCUACUUCGGGGCCCUCUCCUUCAUCAUGGCAGAAAUGGUUGGUGUUCUGGCGGUGCACAUGUUCAUUGAGAAGCACCGCAAGCUGCGAGCUAAGUCCCGCACCGAGCUCAUAAAGAAAUCUGCCUUCAGUCGCAUCCCCUCCUACCGCUACCGCUUCCGGCGCCGCUCCAGCGUGCGUUCCUCCGAGGCCCCCAGCCGCGACGCCUCGCCCCUGGGGAAGGGCGGCUACACGGGGCCCGCCGCCUCCGAGAUGCCCAUGUACACGCUGAACCCCCGAGAGGCGGGCAACGCCGGCACCAAAGCAGGUAGUGGCAUGGGUGGCCUGCUCAACUCAGAGAGGGAGUUCCUCCAGAGCAGCACGCUCACUAAAGACUACAGCAAGGACCCCAACCGCAGGACCACCCCCGUCUGAGAGGACCGGGUGUAGAUACCGUCCGAUCAAAGAAGAGGAGGAGGAAAUAUCGGGGUGGGAACGCGAACAGACACGGGAUGUUCAGAGUAACGUGGGCGGGAAGGGGCUUGAUAAACUACAACACGAAUUGUGAACUUUUAGAUUUUGAACUGUGAAUCCUGAGCCCUGUGAGUUGUUUCAGUGUGUGUAGCAGGACUGGGUUUGGAUGGAGAAGUUGUUCCCAAGUCCACUCCACCACAUAUCACUAGUUAUAUUUGUAAUUCCUUAAUAGGGUAUGGAGCCAACCUACAAUUUAUGUUCUUGACUUGUAAGUCCAUAAAUGUACUUCCUGAGAUUUUCAGAAAGGCGGAACUGCUAUAGUUAGCAGUUUCUUGUUCGGGGCAACUUCUCCUGAAAGAUAAAAAAUAAUGUGAAUUUGAGGAGGAAAAGAACGAAGUGACAAACUUAGUGUGAGCUUCAAUCUUUUGACUUCUCUUCUUCUGACCUUUUGGAUUGCAGCUGGGUUGAAUCAAUGAAGGGAACGUCCGUAGACCUCCAAGCUAAAUCUUUGAAUAUGAUACUAUUUAAAAGUGAGGAAGUUAACACCUUCGCCUAAGGAACGACUAGUUUUCAGUUCAGAUAAUAAUGUGACACCACAAUUAGUCCAUUCAUGGGACCACAUCUAUGGCAUCCCUUAUUUUUCUAUACAUAUUUUAGAUGAACUGCGGUCACAUUGAUUGAUUUUACCAGAUAAAACACUAGUGGAUCUCUGAACUGAAAACUGAAACUUAUUCCUGAAUAUAUUUACUCUCAACUCCCUGAUCCCAGGUCAGUUGUUAAACCUGCAUAGUGCUUGUUAGUGCCCUGACUGCAGAUCAGCUGUUGGAAGUUGAGUAGGAAAGGGGUGUCUAAACAAAACUAAUGAAUCUCUUUUAGAUAGUAUUGUUUGAUCCAUUGGUGCUUCCUUAUACCUGUAUUUUUCUGCCACUUUUUGGUGUUUUCAUUUCUACCUAAAAACUUGAGAUGGUCAAAUAUUUUCUCUCUCUCUCUCUCUCUCUCUGUCCGAUUUCUGUCAUGACUCACCUCUCGCCUUCCAUGUUUUUCCAUGUAGCCCCAUACCACAGGUCACUUCUGCACACCGUCACGCACCCUGUCACCCCAUCUCUCCUAUCCUUGAAAAGCACUCGCAACUAGAGUUAGGUCCUGUCUUCCGUUGGUGUCCCUUGUAGAAGAGUUAGGUUUUUUCUGGAGGUUAUUGGUUCAGGGUGUGGCGUGGAGGAGACCGCUGAGCUGUGAAUUCGCUUUAAGGCAGUGCCAUAACGACAUUUAACGAACUAGAGGUGGACUUGUCCUGUUUGCCCACUACCUCUUGGUGAACAUCUUUUAGAUUGAUUUAAAAUCAAGCUGUCUUUAAUUGUCAGAACAACUGUUAAACCUUCAAGUGCAGUAUUAAACACUUAGAAAAUGCUUUUUUCAGUUGAAGAGCACAUCUCUCCAAUGGACUACCCGCUCGCAUGGGAUUCACAAUCUACAUAUAAGUUGCCAAAUAGAAUUGGAUGGAGGAAAUCCAUCGCUAAUCAUGGCCUCGUUCAUGUAAAGAACCACUCACAGUCUUCUAUGUGUUUACAUCUAUAUGAUUAGAAACACAACCAUUUAUGGGCCUAAAGAUAUAUUUGCCAGUGUCUCCCAGCCAUGCCGUGCACAGAUGGACAGGGUCCAAUCAUAUCGCCACAGUUCUUAUAGUGAAAUAUAGUGUCCCUUUCUACCAAAAUGGGAUGUGGUGUGAAAUGUAAAUACAAAUAUGUGGUGUUUGUACUACUCUAUUAUCAGUUGAAGGUUUAGAUCAUUUUCAAAUUCUACAAUAUGUUGUUGUUUACAUUCAUCAUGGCAUUCCAACCUUCUUUCCCAAACAAAGAUGUAGAUCUGACUCAUAGAUGUGUAGUCCUUACAAAACUUGAAUUUCGCUGUGAAAUCAUCAAGCCAUUUUUAACCAGGAGAUAUACCAGACCACCUUGAUUUCAUGCGCUGUGAAUUAAUUGUAUUACUAGGGAUGUAAUGAUGCCAUUGAAGCUCAACGUAGCUUUAGUUUAUCGUUCUUUUCAUGUAUUAUUACAAAUUAUGUUCAUGUUGCCUCCCCAAAAAUUGGAAAUCUAUCACUGCCUUAGUUGAUUUUUUGCAUAGAUGAAUACACUAAAAGGUGUGUGGCCCACCAGCACAAAGAAAAACCCCCACCACUACUACAAAAGUAAAGCAAGAAAAAAAGUCACGUCUGUAUUAAGAGACUGAACUGAAUUUAUGACAGAGGAGCAAACUACACAUCAGUAUGUGCAUAAACCCACAUACUCAAGGAGAACAGUUUGGGGGGAAAAUGAGGAGAAGCCAUAAAAGGGGAGGGACUGUUACAGAUAGAGCCUGAGAAACAAGCAGGAAGGGGAAAAAAAAGACAGCAUUUUUUUAAAUUCAACCUUUAUCCUGAACUGUGAAUAACAAGUGAAGCUCAAAGAGGUAAAAUCCUAUUUUUUAUUCUUGACCUCCCUAAGCCAUCAUUGCACUGUUUUGUGUAGCCUAAACAUGAAACAACAUGGAGCUGAUACUUCCACGCUCUGUUCUGACAGUUAUUGCCCUGAUAAUAAAAGACGUUCUAAACCUUAGUCACACUGUUUAAUUUAUGAUGCUGCUGUUUUAUCUCCUGUCUUUUACGCCAUAAAGGGAACAUAAAGGGACAAGCGUGCAUCAUGAUGGAAUUGCUCGUGCUGUCCUCCGUGUGUAAAUAUUAAUUUUGCAAGCUAACAACGACAUCAGCCGCUGUCACGGGCCGGGGGGGAGGGGGGCCAACCUCUUUUCUCCAAGCAAGGGCUUUUAAUUUUUAAAGGACAGGAGCACACAAGGGCUUUUUAUGCUCAGCAUUGCAGCAGUGACGUUUUAAGGGUGUCAUGUUAGAGAGAAGGAGGAAAAGGCAAAGUACAUUUGCACAGAAACAAUGUUGUUGUUUUUUCCUUUCUAAAAAAAAAAAGACCAGCUCCACAGCUAACCAAUAUUGUAGAGUGCUUCAUUCAAAAAAGAGGCAGGAGAAGAGAAAACUGUGAGGCCGCGCUCUUUUCAGCUUCUUUUUUGGUUAACUUUAAGCUAGAUGAGUAACAGAGUAAUUAGAGAUGAAUAUUGCCUUAAGCAAAAAUAAGGAUGAUUAAGAAUUAUUUGAGUUGCGUAAGAUGCAAACAUGUAUUAGCAAAAUAAUUACUCACGCUCAGUGCCAAAUAUUACUCAAAAUAUUUCCUGUGUAUCACAGCCUCCAGGUUAGCUUUAGAUCGUAGGUUCGCUGCUGUAUUUACUCUUUUGUGUGUAGAAAUUACCGACUCAGCAGUUAGUAGCUAUGUAGCUCAGCACUCUCCGGGGCCCCUUUAGAUCCUGAAGGGUCUGGUAGGCGUCAAAGUUCAGAACUGCCAUCCAUGAGCCAUGUCAGCAAUGACCAUUCAAAUCAUGCACGCCAUAUCCAUCUGCUUCCAGCGCUCACAUUCGCUCUAUCUCCAAACAGGUUUCAAACGGCACCCUGAUCUCUGUACCCCGUAGGGACACUCAACUGGUACAUUAAACACGCCUUACAAUGAUGUGUCGGCCCCUUAGCCUGAGCUGUAUUGAUGUUUACUCCUAUAGAGGGCAGGGUGCUUUUUGAGCCUGUCUGUCUCUUCUAACCAUCCAGCUUUGAUACUCUGAUAUCAACAAAAAAAAUUGUAUUAUUAGUAAAAAAACAAAAAAAACAAAACCAGAAUAUAUAUAUUCUAAAGGUGCCACUGUGCAGAGAAUGAGACUCUGUCACAUGAUAUACUUAUAUUGUAUUCAUUGAAAGGGGGAUUGGUCGCAGGAGUGGUAGUCUUUCUAUUAUAUUAUACUAGUUACCUUUUCUACUUUGAUGUGGUCGUGAGGUUGUGUUGUUUUGGUCACAUGGGAAGCCUCUUAACAGGAGGGACAUACGAGGAGACAGUGGAUCACUUGGACGAUCUCUCAAGGACUUAAACCUCACCUGACUGGCACCAGAGGCCAGGGCGGCCAGCGGGACACUCAGCACUGCAGCACACACACCUGCAUACAUUCCAAGUACCCCUACCCAAAAUGUUUCUAUACCUCUGAGAACAUCCUAUCCAGCUUAAUCCAGUUUGUUCUUUUUGAAAGAAACACCUGAAAGUGUUCAUUUUGUGGGAGCCACUCUCAAGAAAAUACAUUUUGUAUGUUGACAGUCAAGUUGUGAAAUUUGAUUAAAGAUCAGAUCAAAAACAAGAGGGAGACAUAUAAUUCCAGCUACCUUUGCUAUGAUUAUUGGUCCUCAUUGGUAUAGAAACAUAAGCACACAAUUGUAAACAUAUGAAUGGCCACAAUUGUAUACGCAACACACUCCCCCACCGGGACAGCACAUACUUACAGAUCCAGCUCGGCCCAGUGCGGUGCAAGAGAGAAGUGUGUCCUGUUAUAAGAAAAAUCACUGUGUCAUAUUAAGUGUUUCUCCGGGAUAGAACAUCCCAAAAAAACUGUUCCUGAUGCAUCGCUGUUGUGUCGAUCCUCUGUGGAACUUCAAGUCUACUGAGCCAGCUAACAAAACGUGGACAUCCAGAAGAACUGAAAUGUGGAUUUAAUGAAAUAGUUCUGUGACAAAAGACUUGCUCUAAGCACUCUACACUUUGCACUCACGACCAACACACACAUACACUGACACAAAUAAGGUUACUGUGUGAGGAGGGCUCACUGGGGAGUUUUAUGUGCCUGCAUGUUUGUGUGUGUCUGUGUGCGUGUCGCGUGCAGUUAGCCGCUCCUCACCCAUGCACCUAGUGCCUGCCUGUCCUGCCUUCAGACAGCUCCAGAAUCAGCCAUGGGGCUUUUUUUUUCCAUGAUAACCUUCUCUGUUUUGCCAUUACCUGAUGUGGUCACACUGGGAUCUGUUUCAGAGCCAACUGCCCCGACCAUUCCUCAGCACAUUUAGCCAUAAAAGCUAAUAGGACUGUUCAGCUGGUUCUUGUGGACUCAAAGCUGCUGUUCAUAUCUGACUGGGUUUUUUCUUGCGUGAGGCUGACAUAAGACUGGUAGAGAAGGCUUAGCAGGAUAUAGAAACGUCUGUCCAGUCCCUGGUGACACUUGGCCUUGAGAAUUAGAGCGACAUGGACAUCCCAAAAUUAGCCUUACAAGAAGAAAAUCUAUCAUCUUGCAACAUUUAGGAUGUGCCCAUAGGGAAUUUUGAAACAGCAUUCAUUACUUGAGGUGACUUAAGAGGUCUUGUCCCUUGUUUUACCAGAAAAUAUUGUAAAUACUCAGAGUAAAAACCAGAGGAAUUGGACAUAAGCUAAAUGUUCUUCUUAUUUAAGAAUAGAAUAGUAACCAUAUUUUCAAUAAUCCUUCAGCCUACAUUGGCUGGAAGCCUACGCUUCUUGUUUUAUAUCUACUGUUUCUGCUUCGUAUCUUUCCAGAAUUUUACAUUUGAGGAAGAAUAUUGAUUUAAUUGGUCAUUGUUUUGUGUCAGGCCUGCACUCGGUGACUGGUGUUAAAACAGUGUGCUGACCAUAUCUGAGGCCACCACGGCUGAAUGACCCAAAACAGAUGGAUGUUUGACCAGCGUAGAGGGUUUUUCUGUACAUUCUGUCAUUAGUGCUUCAUUUUGAUGAGCGAGUAGAAAUCAUGAAACCGAAACUAGAAUGGUACAAUAUAAGGCACAAUUAGAUUGCAAUCAAAAUGUCUGUUUUUAAUUGUGUAUGAGUUAAUUAAUGUAUGAGUUUAAUUGUAGCGAGCCAUGCCCCAAAGAGCUGGAAUUGUCCAUAACUUUAACUAAGCAGGGUUAUAUGUGUAGUUUGUUGAACAUGUUGUAAUAUUAUAUUAUAUUAAAUUUUCAUGUAUAUUUGAGAACAGUGAAAGCAACAGAGACAAAUCACAGUAGAAAAUGUUUUCAGCCAUGCCAGCAAAAAUAAAUGGAAGAGUUUAUUAAUUUAUUAGCAGGAUCUGCUAGAAGAGCUUUAAAUGCUUUAAUGUUCAAAGAACCUUGAUUUUCUUGUAUUGUGCAUUCUUAGAGUAGCUCUGAUCAGAUAUUGUCUGAAAAAACAGAUGUUGGUCCUGCCUUUUGAAGGCAUCCCUACCCGUAAAGGCCCAGUCUGCUUAACUUAGUCAUCUGAUUGGCUGAAAACUACGUUAUGUGAGGCAACUGUUUGUGGCACAAUAUCCAAAACUGGCUGUAAAAUGCUUAGGUGUUUUACAUUGGUGUAGACAAGGACAGGUAAAAAAAAAGCUUGGGCUGUUGAAAAAGUAUUGCAGGUAUAUGAGGUGAAAAUGUCUUUGGUUCUUUCUGGACUUUCAACUUUUAACCAACAGACUUUUUACGGAGAGGGAAAACCACAAAAUGUGUCAUAUGUCCUCUUUAAUGGAUGACACUGUUUGUUAGUUGACUACUUUGAUUUGCACCAUAGUGUUGCUGUUUUUUUUAGUGAAAAGCCUCAACAAGCAUUGGGUGGAUUACCGAAACACACACGUAUUCAUACACCAUAACAAUAAUGGGAAUCUUUGGUGGUCCCAUCUCACGAUCUUCAAAACUGUGUCAAAGAUACAGCUAUAAAAGAGAUGCCAACAUGACUGCACACUGUCUAUUUUUAUAGACGCCAGAGGAUGUUUAGAGAAUUAGGUUCAUACUUUGUCCAUAGCUGGCUGUUAACACCUGCUCUACAUAGCGGGAGAUCCUCUGUGUGAAAUCUGUUCUCACAACAGGAGCGAUAAUGCAGAGUGGAGCCUGGGUACAGCCACAGAAGGAAGAACAGGCUGCCAACAGUUUGCCGCAGAAAAGGAAGUGUUUCCCUUUUGGCACUUCCUACUUCGGUAUUGGUGACUUGUUUCUUGUAUUGAUAUCCAUACUCAGUGUGGGAUGCGUGCGCAAUACUGACAAGAAGGUGGAAAGUAAAGAACAGGAGGAAAUGUUCUGGAAACCUACAUUUAGCCCCUCUGAGGCUCUGUCGUGGAUAUUCCAUCCUUUUUUGGCAGCCGCUUCAGUCUGUCUUACACAUAACAGAAUACAGGACAUGGAAUUUUUAAAUCGGUGGCAAACGACUGUAACUUAACUUUGUCCAUUUCAAACUGACCUGAGAACUGUUAGAAAACAAGAGCCAGACCAAACUCAGGAGAAGUGUUCCAGACAUUGGCAUUUUAUUGGUUGGAUUUACUGAUUUGUGUUUGCAUUUAUUCUGAAUCAAUAGAAGGAGUGCCACAUAGAAGCAGAGUAAAUGAUCCAAAUAUCUCUCAAAAGGUUUGUUGUACGUGUAGCACUGAGCUGGUAAACAGCUUUUUCUUUCAGGGAGCAUGUCUGGCAGGCAUUGUAGCAGUUGGCUUGAAGAUGAAACAGUUCAGAUGCAGAUGAUGAGUAGGAACCAGCUGUUACUCGGUGUGUCUUUUACGGGUCACACUUUGGUUUGUGGUUCCUUGCAGCCGUGAUGAAAGUGAAAUAUAAACGCCUCAAGUCAAAUGUGCAGCUGGAACCUUGAAGUAGCAAGUGCUGGUGGAAAUUUCUCAACAUUUACCUAAAAGUGUGGCUACAGGUGACGGGUGUAAAAGUUCAAUAUGUCUUUUUUAUCCUUCUCCGGACCUCUGAGCCCCAUCAUUAGAUACAUAGUCCUCAACAAACACACACACACACACAUGCAUGCAUGCAGAAACAUGCUGGCACUCACAUUUGUCUUUCGAUACACAGGAACACAAACUGCAGAACAUUCACAGCUCACACACGAUUACAGACAUGUACACACACACAUAGCUGCCAGCCAGUUUCACUGUAAACUUAAUUAUGUAAACCUCCAAUUAACAGCAGUCUGACGUGGACACAAGCUGUGAAUAAAAGCACACUUUUACUUACAUGAUAUAAAUAAGAAUAUAAAUAUGAAUACCUAUAUGAAGAAUAUUAUAUACAGUAUAAAGUAGAAAAUAAAGAAUCA